GGGUUUCACCACCACUAAAAAUCUGCAACUGAAAAAUGAAGAACAAAACAAAACCAAAUCAGUAUCAUUUCAAAGGCACAAAGAAGGUCAAGUUUGUUCUAAAACCAAAGCAGCAGCAUCAGCGAUGGCAGGCGGCGGCGGCGACGGCGACGGCGACGAAAAGGAACUGGUUGGACCUUCCGUCAGAUGUAACGGCGAAUAUACUCUCUAGAGUUGGUGUGUUUGACAUACUUGAAAAUGUGCAGAAAGUGUGCACUACUUGGUAUCAAAUCUGUAAGGACCCCACUUUUUGGAGGGUUGUUUCUAUUGACAAUUCUUCAAACCUAAUUGGAUUGUCUGUAUGUUCAAAUGUUGUUAAGCAUGUUGUGACUAGAAGCCAAGGCCAGUUGGUUGAUAUCUCUAUGAAGGAAGUUUGCGAUAAAUACCUUCUUCAGUUUAUUGCUGACAGAUCACCUCAACUUAGACGUCUUGAAAUUAUCUAUGGUGUUGGUGAAAUGUAUGUAGUUUGGCGUGAAUCAUUGAAGAAAUUAGCAUUAUUGGAGGAACUCAGCCUUUUUGAAACAGAAUUUUCAGACAAAGAUAUCAAAGCUGCUGGCCGCUACUGUCCCCUGUUAACAUCACUCAAAGUUAAUGAAAAACCGUAUAUAUUCUGUAAUGAUCAUGUUAAUGAUGAGCAGUACAUGAGUGACAGGAAUGCUUUCGCUGUAGCAAUUGGGAAAAACCUUCCUGAUUUAAGGCAUCUUGAACUCAUUGGAAAUACCAUGACGAAUACUGGGUUAAAGGCGAUUCUGGAUGGUUGUCGUCACCUUGAAUCACUUGACUUGCGUCAGGUUUUGUACAUUGAUCUUAAGGGAGCCCUUGGAAAAAGAUGUUCUGAACAGAUCAAACAUCUAAAGCUUCCUCAUGAUUCUCUUGAAGGCUUCCAAUAUCUUGAUGAAAAUGUUGACGCGCCAUGUGAUGUUACUUCUGAGUCUGACUUACAGGGUUAUGGUGAUCCUUUCUACCCUGGCUUUGAUUAUGAGGAUCCUGAUGAUGAUUGUGAUGAAAAUGAUUAUGUGGAAGACUUUAUAUUGUUGCAUGAGGCGAUGGCUUUUAUGGCUAUGUACAGAGAUAGGUGAACUCUGUGUUACCAUGAAUUUCACUUGCCAAAGUCCUUUUGCAUAGGAUACUUGCAGUGGUUGGUUUUUAUAUUGUUAGAUGAAGAUGUAGCUGUUGACUUCGUGGACAACUGUCUUUUUGGCUUUGGCAGGAAAGCUGAAUUUGGUAAUCACUGUUCUGGUGAUGGUUGUCCAAUAACAGGAAUGUGAUUUCAAACCUCGAAACAUUUAUGGGUUAUAUAUCCAUCUUUGUGCUCAAGUUCUUGUAAACACUAAAGAUGAUGGUUUGUGAUUUUAUCAUAUGUUCUUGGAAUUGAAAUGCCUUCCCUUGAUAGUUGUGAAUCCUAUUUGGCUAGUUAUGUCGUUAUAAUCAUUUAGUAGUA